AUGGAGAAUAUGAAUAUUGAUGAAAUUUUAAAUAAAUUACCGUGUAAUGUUAGAGAAUCUGCCCGUAAAAUACUUGAACAAAAAAAAGAAGAAAAAUUAUUACGUGAUAAAGUUCAUAAACAUGUAUGCAAUCUUAUUGAACCUGUAAAUAUUAAUGAAAUUGAGAAAAUUUUAAAUGAAUUAGAUAAAACAACGUGGACAAAUAUUGUUGAGGAACGAGCUAUAUCUCUUCUUUGUGGACUUCCAACUUGUUCUAACUCUAUAGAUGAACCUAAAAAACAAAAAUAUAUAAUUGAUUUUGAAGAUAUGACAAUUCAUGAAAAUGAUUCAGAAAAAUUAAAAUUUUGUAGUAAAGAUUGUUGGAAGUCAUCUAAUUAUUUAAAGUCUCAAUUAUUUGAUCAACCAUUAUGGUUGAGAAGUACAAAAUUAGUAAAGAAAUUUAAUUUAUCGGGUCUGUCAAAACAAAAUCUUUAG